UCUGACAACGACAACCUACGUAAACCUCAAUAAACUUCAGAAAAAAGACAAGAAUCAAGAAAAGAAAAACGAAGGGAAGGGCAAAAAACAAAACAAACCAAAACAAAAAAAAAAAAAAAAAAAAUGACAUCCACUACUUCCACAACGACAACCAAAACCACAACCUCACCAGCCAAAAAGAACAAGAAUAUCCCAGCAGAAUCAUCCCUGGACCUCAGUGCCAACUUCGCCAACAACCGCAAAGGAGCCGUGGGCUAUGACCACGAGGUUUACCUCCAAUUAACGGCGGGGAGGAACGCGGAGAAGACGCCGAAUCAGAUGUAUCGGGAGGAACGUGUUCGCCAGAGGACUACAAGGGCUUUGGAUCCGGCGAUUUUGGAUCCACAGGGGGAGCCUGGGCCGGUGGAUUUCGAGUGUGCGGAGCACGAGGGAGUUAAGGAACGGUUGAGGUAAUUGGAUUUGGCCUUCUGCAUUGCAUUACUGUUGGUUCUUCUUCUAAGGAUGUUUGUUGGUGCGAUUGGUUUAUGGUAUCUGCAAAGAAGAUAAAGCUAUAAUGUCGGGUUGUAAGCUACAAUAACGUAAACUGUCAU